CGGCUCGUCUGCAAACCACAGGGCAGGCGGCAAUUACGAGCAUAAUCCUCUCGUCGCCGACGUGUUGCUCGAGCCCAGGAAAAAAAAUGCCGGGGUUGCUCUUGUUCUUUUUCAUUCUUGCCCUUGAACUCGGUCUGCUGCUCUACAUAUUCGCCGUGGCUGAUGGGGAUUUCACUUUGGUGUCGAAGAAGCGUGUGAAGCGUGAAGCCAUCGAAGAUAAGGUCGUGUGGAUUACAGGAGCUAGCCGUGGGAUUGGGGAAGUUCUUGCUAAGCAGCUUGCAAGUCUUGGUGCCAAGCUCAUCCUUUCUGCAAGGAAUGUAGCUGAACUGGAGCGUGUUAGGAGUGAGCUUAAAGGUAAGCAUGUGCCAGAUGGAGUGAAGAUUUUGCCCUUAGAUUUAGCCAGUGGAGAAGGUUCGCUCAAACUGGCAGUGGAAGAAGCAGUGUCACUUUUCCCUGGGGAUGGUAUUGAUUAUAUGAUGCACAAUGCUGCAUAUGAGCGCCCUAAAAGUACUGCACUGGACGUGAGCGAGGAAAAUCUCAAGACUACAUUCAAUGUUAAUGUAUUUGGAACGAUCUCUCUUACAAAAUUGCUAACUCCUUAUAUGCUGAAACAAGGAGGAGGCCACUUUGUUGUGAUGAGCAGUGCUGCAGGAAAAACACCUGCACCAGGACAGGCUAUAUAUUCUGCUUCAAAAUAUGCUCUGAAUGGCUACUUCCACAGCUUGCGGUCUGAGCUUUAUCAGAAGGGAAUUAAGGUUACUAUUGUUUGUCCUGGGCCAGUAGAAACCUCAAAUGGCACUGGAACGACAACUUCAGAGAAUAAGAAAUCUCCUGAGAGGCGUGUGUCAGCAGAACGCUGUGCAGAACUGACCAUAAUCGCCGCAUCCCAUAACUUGAAAGAAGCUUGGAUUUCAUAUCAGCCAGUACUACCCGUGAUGUAUCUAGUGCAGUACAUGCCUUCGGUUGGCUUCUGGCUUAUGGACAAGGUAGGAGGGAAGCGUGUGGAGGCAGCUGAAAAGAAAGACAACACAUACUCAUGGAAACUACUCUUUGGCAAGUCUAAGACAAAUUAGGAACUGCUGUUUCAAUGGUUCUUAUGGUCUUGCGGCAUGUUACCACUCAAGGGUUCAACUCAGUAUUGCACAUUUCCUCUUAUGUUUUCUUCUCUGGUCCUGUUCUUUCUGGUUACUCUCACAACCCCUUUUGGUUUAGUUGAGACAGAUGUAUAACAAGAUAUAUCUUUAGAAACAUUGCGUGUGACAUAUACGCAUGGACCAGAAAUAAAUAAAGGUGUAAACUUUGAGUUGGAA